AUGCAGGCUGCUGCUCCCGUAGCAGUCUCAGCUCUGUCGGCGAAUACUUUUCAAGUCACCUUGCUGCUCAAGCACCAGCAGCAGCAGCAGCAGCAGCAGCAGCAACUGCAGCAGCAGCAGCAGCAGCAGGAACAGCAGCAGCUGAGCCGUCUCAAGAGCUUCCGCUGCAGCGUCAGGCUGCUGCAGAGCAGCUGGCUGCUGCGGGCCUGCGUCCGCGCGCUCGCGGCGCUGCUGCAGCCAGCAGCAGCGAGAGUUUUGCUGCCUGCAGUCUUCCGCUGUUGUCAGUCGCCGGCCUCCCUGUCGCUGCAGCAGCAGCAGCAGCAAGAAACCUUUGCUCCAGCGGACACAGGAGAGUUCCCCAGCGUCGCCGCUCUUGAGUGGAGUGCUUUUUGCCAGCUUUUGUGUUGUGAGGUCUUUUCCGUCUGCAGGGGCAGCAGCAGCAGCAGCAGCAGCAACAGCAGCAGCAGCAGUGAGCACUAUGCCAUUGCAGCAGCAGGCGCUCGCCUGCUGCAGCUGCAGGCGGCAAUUCCUCCGCAGGGAGAAAACUUGCCUCCGGAAAAGCAGCAGCAGUGUGCUGCAGCAACACCAAGCCGAGCAGCAGCAGCAGCAGCUGUUGCUGCUGCUGCUUCUCGACUGAAGCGGCGCCGCGGGCCGCUGCAGCAGCAAGGCGACAGGCGCUGCAGCAGAGAAGGCUCAAGCAGGUGCAGCAGCGGCAGCUCAGCAGCAGCAGCAGCAACUGCUGCAGCACUUAGCUCCCUCGAAGCUGAGGGCCUGGGCCCUCUUGCUGCAAUUAUUUGCAGCGCACAAGAAGUACUUGAGCAGCAGCAGCAGCAGCUGGGAGCAUGCGUGGACGACUGUGGUGCUUCAGGGGUGCCGCCUUGUGCUGCGCCGUUGCCAGCAGCAGCAGCUGCUGCUGCUGCUUCUGCUGCUGACGGCAGCUGCAGCUGCAGUGAUGGCGAGCUGCCGCAGCUGGGGCUGAAGCAGCAGCUACCCUGCAUCUUUCUCGUGCUGCAUUUGCUGCUGGAGGAUUUGCUGCUGCGGCAGGUGUCUGUACACCUGGAGGUGCAGAAGCUCGUGCUGCUGCUCCACACAUUGGCCCGGCUGCUGCAGCUGCCUCUUUUUGCAAGCUACUACCAGUGCUGCUUUCCGUCUACACUGGAGCAGGAAGAAGUGCCGUCUGCAAUUGGGCUGCUGCAGGAACUGGCAGCGGGGAGGCGCCUUCCGCAGCAGCAGCAGCAGCAGCAGCAGCGGGCAUCCCUUGCUGCUGCAGCACUGCAGCGGCUGUCUAGGAAGCAGAAGGUGCUAACAGAGUCCCUUGGUCUGCAGCAGCUGCCGCCCGAUGUUGCUGGUUGCACCAGCAGCAAAGACAGCAGCAGCAGCAGCAGCAGCUCCAGCUGCUGCAGCAGCAGCUGCUGCUGCAGCACCACGAGCACUAGCGGCUCCACCCUCGAGCUCUCAACGCAGAAUUCGAUGGCCAUCGAUAUACCGCAGCACAGCCGCUGCAGCAACGCGCAUGCAGGCGGCGUUGAUGCCUCUUUGCUGGGGCCCCCUGCUGCUCUCGCCUGGGGCCUCAUCUACUUCAGCAGCGGAGAUGAAGCAGCAGCACGCGCGCUGCUGCUGCCAGCCACAAGUCUGCAGCUCGAGGAGUGCCUGCCCAACACUGUGGCUUACAAGACCCGCAGUGGCCAGAGCGCUGCGGUGACUCUGAGCAGAAGCAGCAGCAGCAGCAGCAGCACGAACAGCAGCAGCCAGGCAGUGCGCCGUGGCAGGUCCUGA